AUGGUGAACCCUGUUUUUCAGAGAGGAAUGUGCUUUAAAAACUCCAAGACUUUUAGGGAAACAGUUAAAAAAUAUGCCAUUAUGAAUAGGAGGCCAAUCAUAAAUUGCAGAAAUUUUGGAAAGAAGGUCCAAUAUGUGUGUCAACCACCCUGUAGGUGGAAAAUUUAUGCAUCUCCAAUGCAUAAAGGAUCUGUAACUUACCAGAUUAAAACAUAUGUGAAUAAGCACACAUGUAUGCCUACCUUCAAUCAGAAGCAAAUCAACUCCAAGUGGAUAGCAGAUUAUUAUGAGAUGGAAAUCAGAAUGAAUCCUACUUGGCCCAUCAGUGCAUUUCACAAGAAAAUUGUCAAUGACCUAAAAUGUAAUGUGAGCAAACAUGCAGUUUACAGGGCAAGGUCUAGGGCAUUGAAAAGAAUAAAUGGAACACAUGAAGAGCAAUAUGCAGAUUUAUGGAAGUAUGGUUACCAGUUGAAGAAGGUUCUUCCAGAGACUACUGUCAAGAUAUUAACUGAAAAUCCAGAACCAGAGCAAGUGAGUGGAAGAUUCCUGAGGUUCUAUUUGUGUUUGGGACCACUGAAAAAAGCUUUUAAAGCACACUGCAGAAAGAUUGUGGGACUUGAUGGAUGCCACCUUAAAGGCCCUUUCGGUGGCAUACUUAUCUCAGCUGUAGGUGUGGAUGCAAACGAUGGUAUGUAUCCAGUGGCUUGGGGAGUUGUGGAGUCUGAGACAACUGAUUCAUGGACUUGGUUUUUAAAUUUUUUAUGCCAAGACCUGCAAAUUUUAGUAGAUAAGGAGUGGACUUUUAUCUCAGAUAGGUAG